AUGGAGUGGUGUUCCAUUAAUCCAUGUAGGGUGUUGGUGGUUUCAGUGGUAUUGUUAUCAUAUAACAUGCUCUUGAUCUCAUCACCUCCUGCUGCUGCUGCUACAACUGACGCACAGGUGGAGGCCGAGGCCGAAGCUCUCCGCAACUCCACUUGGUGGUGGUACAUGGAAAACAUUACUUCUCAUCAUUGCACAUGGGACGGCAUCACCUGCAACAGGGAGGGACAUCCAGUUGAAGUUUCUUCAUUUCCCAGCCUCCUCCAUCUCAACCUUAGUUAUUCUUCCAUCUAUGGUCGCAUCCCAGAUGAGAUAGGUACGCUUACAAAACUCACUUACCUCAGUAUCUCUGAUUGUGGACUUGAUGGUGAGCUACCUGUUUCACUGGGUAACCUCACUCUAUUAGUAUACUUAUCCCUUAAUUUCAAUCGAAUCAACGGUUCCAUCCCUUCUGAAAUUGGGAAUUUAAAGAAUCUAAUUCAUUUGGAUUUGAGUUAUAACUAUUACCUCUCUGGUGCCAUCCCUUCCUCUCUUGGAUAUUUGAAGAAUCUUAUUCAUUUGGAUUUGAGUCAUUGCUAUAGCCUCUAUGGUGCCAUCCCUUCCUCUCUUGGAUAUUUGAAGAAUCUUAUUCAUUUGGAUUUGAGUCAUAACUCUGACCUCUAUGGUGUCAUUCCUUCCUCUCUUGGAAAUUUAACCAACCUGGUAUACUUAUCCCUUAAUUUCAAUCGAAUCAACGGUUCCAUCCCUUCUGAAAUUGGGAAUUUAAAGAAUCUAAUUCAUUUGGAUUUGAGUUAUAACUAUUACCUCUCUGGUGCCAUCCCUUCCUCUAUUGGAUAUUUGAAGAAUCUGAUUCAUUUGGAUUUGGGUUCUAACUCUCUUUCCAGUGUCAUUCCUUCCUCUCUUGGAAGUUUAACCAACCUGGAAUACUUGUACCUUAAUUUCAAUCGAAUCAACGGUUCCAUCCCUUCUGAAAUUGGGAAUUUAAAAAAUUUGGUUCAAUUGUCCUUGAGUCAUAAUGCCCUUCUUGGUACUAUUCCUUCAUCUUUGGGUAAUCUUAUCAAUUUGACUUAUUUCCAUCUCAUCGACAAUCAAAUCCAGGGUCUCAUCCCCUUGUCAUUUGGUAAUCUUACCAAUUUGACUCAUUUGUAUCUUCGUUAUAAUCAAAUCAAUGGUUCCAUCCCUCCUGUAAUUUGGAAUCUGAAGAAUUUAAUUCAUCUCAGAUUGGAUCACAACAACCUUACCGGUGUUAUUCCUUCUUUGGGCUAUCUCAUUCAUUUAAAUGUGUUCAACAUUCGUAGAAAUCGAAUCAGAGGUCACAUUCCUUCUAAGAUAGGAAAUUUGAAUAAUCUGACUAGCCUCGACCUUAGUGAUAACUUGAUCGAUGGAAAGAUACCUUCCCAGCUCCAAAAUUUGAAGAGUUUAGAAAGCUUGAACCUCUCCCACAAUAAACUCUCGGGUCACAUUCCUCCUCUUUCUAUAUAUAUCCACAAAGGGUCAUCCAUUGAUUUUUCACACAAUGAUUUUGAGGGUCAUAUACCCCAUGAAUUGCAGUUUGUAUAUCCACCAAGGGUUUUUGGCCACAAUAAAGGUUUAUGUGGUGAAAGGGAAGGCUUGCCUCAUUGCAAAAGAGGACACAAAACUAUUCUCAUCAUUUCUUUAUCUACCAUCUUGUUUCUUUCUUUUGUGGCCCUUGGGAUUCUCUUGCUUUCACGGAAGACAAGAAGAAAUCAAACCAAGGCAACUUCGACAAAAAAUGGAGAUAUAUUUUCAGUGUGGAACUAUGAUGGUAAGAUUGCUUAUGAAGAUAUCAUUGAAGCAACAGAAGAUUUCGAUAUCAAAUAUUGCAUAGGUACUGGAGGUUAUGGCAGUGUUUACAAGGCUCAAUUGCCUACAGGUAAUGUGGUAGCCUUGAAAAAGCUUCAUGGAUGGGAAAGAGAUGAGGCAACAUACUUGAAAAGUUUUCAAAAUGAGGUGCAGGUUUUGUCAAAAAUACAACAUCGGAAUAUCAUAAAACUUCACGGCUAUUGUCUGCACAAAAGAUGCAUGUUUUUGAUUUACAAGUACAUGGAAAGAGGAAGCUUAUACUGUGUAUUGAGCAAUGAAGUUGAAGCUUUGGAAUUGGAUUGGAUUAAAAGGGUGAAUGUAAUCAAAAGCAUAGUCCAUGCUUUAUGUUACAUGCAUCAUGACUCUACUCCACCCAUUAUUCAUAGGGAUGUAUCAAGUAACAAUAUUCUUUUGGACUUUAAACUGGACGCUUUUCUAUCUGAUUUUGGCACUGCUAGACUGCUACAUCCUGAUUCAUCCAAUCAAACUCUUCUUGCAGGCACUUAUGGUUACAUAGCACCAGAGCUUGCCUACACUAUGGCUGUGACGGAAAAAUGUGAUGUUUACAGCUUUGGAGUGGUAGCGCUUGAGACAAUGAUGGGAAGGCAUCCGAGAGAACUUUUCACCUUAUUGUCUUCCUCAUCAGCUCAAAACAUAAUGCUCACCGACAUAUUAGAUUCACGUCUACCAUCUCCUCAAGAUCGACAAGUUGCUAGAGAUGUAGUUCUUGUUGUGUGGUUGGCACUUAAAUGCAUACAUUCUAAUCCAAGAUCUCGUCCAACGAUGCAACACAUCUCAUCGAAGCUUCUUAUUCAAUCACCAUUUCUUGAACCUUUUCAUGGGAUUUCACUUUGGCAACUAAAUAUUCAAGAAAUAUAAUUAGGUAACUGGCAUCCAAUGAUGAUACCAAUUUUGAUUUGCUUUGAUAUUACCAAUAUGUGUUCCAUAUUGUUUUUCAACUUCAUAAUUUUUAUAAGACAAGAUGAUCUAUUAAUAUAUUUAGAUAGGUGGAUGUUAAAUUGAAUCCACUCAG